AGUCGUUUCACGACAGACUGCAUCUUUGGGUUCUUCGAUCAGCGUCUCACAAAAUCCCACAAGAACCAAAACAAACAAGUACACACAGCGACAAUGUGCCAAGCCACCAUCAUCAGCCUCUCUCCCCUGGAGAACCUCUUUCUCGGGGUCCGAGUGGUCGCCCACACCGCAGGCACCAAACUAGAGCAAAUCCGCGAAGAUACCCAGCGAGCCGUCGCCCAGAAACGACAACGCUUUCUUCGCUCGAACCAAGCGACCAUCUUUGCCGAAGAAGAGGCUCGUCUUCAUGAGCAAGUCAUGAUCGAGCAAGAAAUUUUUGAGCGACAACGGCUGAUCGCCGCACAACCGGCCCCCGAAACGGCCCAACCAAAGCCACAAGAAACCAACGGGAGAAUUGUCCUUGCCCCCCGCACAAAGCAAGCACAGCGUGUGAAAAAAAUUGAAAGCAAGCUUGCGUUGAUCCGGCGGAACAUCCAACCACCAAAGAACACCGCUGGUGUCGCCUCUCUUCAGGCGGCCGUGGCGGCUUUCUAGGGCAUCAAGAGAGGAACAAAACCUCCAAAAGCAACCACCGUGGCGGUCCUUCCUUCCUUCCUUCCUUCCCUUCCUUCCUCCUUUGCUUCCUGGCUGCCACCAGAGCACUUGCGCCUCCCCUCCCUGAGGAUUUCCCUCCCGGUUAGACCAAACAAUCACACAUUCACUUACCCAGACGCUUCAUUUUAGAGACAAUAUCAAAUUAACGUAUUAGGCACUUCGCUAGCUUUACACACAAGACCAGACCAAACAUUCACUCACCCAGGCGCUUCAUUUUAGAGAUCUUAUCAAAUUAACGUAUUAGGCAC